CGAUUACGAUUUACGAUUUACGAAUACAUCAGCCAUCAGGGAUCAGGCGUUAACAUAUCAAAUUGCCUAAUUUGAUAUUUCUACUCUCCAUUAUUUCAUCUCUCCCAAUCAAAACUUCUGCAACACUAAAAACCUGAAAAUGGAGAAUAACAACAACAUGGUGACUGAUUUUCAGCAAUCACAACAACGACAACUAACCGAGCUAAUACAAACCCUCGAACAAGCUACUUUAAUGGCGAAACAACUCCCCACAACCACCGAUCCUGAUCACCACCGGCUUAUCUUUUCUUCGCUCUCCUCUGCCCAACUUUCUCUUUCCUCCUUCCUCUCUCUCCACCCCAACAACAACAACGCCGAUAAUUCCGUCUCCUCCGCCGCCGUCGCAGAUGAUGAGCCGAUGAUGGCCGCUGAUGAUGGAGACGAGGAGCUGAUGUCGAAAGACUCGUCAAUGGAUAGAGUGGAGGAAAGGUUGAGAGAGUGCCUCUACAUUCAGAAUAAGCGGCCGAAAAGACCGCUUUCUCCUUCGUUCAUCGCCGCCGUAGAACGGCGGAAUUUGGAGGAGAGAGAAUUUAUAGAGUUUUCGGCGGAUGUUGAUCCUGUUGCUACUCGGUUGAGGAAUUUGGACCUUGUUUUUCAAUUUCAUGGCUAAAAGUUAGAUUUAGUUAAAGAUUGCAUUUUUGGCCAAUUAAUUGAGCAAAACAGUGUAAACUAGAGCUUGUAUUACAAUUUACAUGGUGUAUUAUUAGAGGGAAUUUAAUUAUUUGAUGUUAGUUGGUUUUUAUA